AUUGUGUCGGACAAUGAUGUCUGGUAUAAGGGCUGCAAGUAUUCAGUGCCCGUCGAGAGUCUCUAUUCAUCAUCGGGCAUCCCUUACGCCAAACCCCCUAUCGGUGAUCUCAGGUUUCAAAGACCACAACCCAUCGACUACUCGGUGCCUACACUAAUAGACUGUACGGACUACGGGACGGCAUGUAUGCAACCCAUACCCACAUCGGGACACUCAUCGGAGGACUGUCUCUACUUAAACAUAUGGACGCCUACAAUGGACAUUGGGGCUGGCCUACCGGUUAUGGUGUACAUACACGGCGGCGGGUUUACCAUAGGGUCGGGCCAUCCCUAUCUGAUCGACACAUUUUCUAUAAGCAAUGUCUACGGCGGAGCUAUACUAGCGCUCCGGGAUGUGGUUGUCGUGAAUUUCAACUACCGGUUAGGGGUCUGGGGGUUCCUAUACGGCAAUAGUAGCGACUGUCCCGGAAAUAUGGGUCUCUGGGACCAGAGUAUGGCAUUGAAUUGGACCCGACAUCACAUACAUGCCUUUGGUGGCGAUCCCAAUAGGAUUACCCUGUUUGGUGAGAGCGCCGGUAGCAUAUCGAUUAGCAAACACCUGGUCUCUAAUGUUACCCGUAAUUGGUUUCAGAGAGUUAUCAUGCAAUCGGGGUCUGCGUUUAAUAAGAUGUGGUCACAGGACACGGACUACUCCUACUCUAUAGCCCGCAAAUUUGCUACCGAUCCCAUACUAUGGCCCGAUAGCGGCACCUGUAAUGACGAGCGCACAUGGAUUCAGUGUUUUCGUAACAAAACAUCGACACAACUCCUAUGGGCACAGACCCAGUCGGGACUACUAUGGAAACCCCGGGACCCAUGGAUCACAGUAGGCCUGUCCACGUAUUUUAAGCCUAUAUUCGGCGACCGAUUCCUACCCAUACCUGUG